CCGAUGUUUCGGUAACCCUGUCUCAGCUCUGUUUUGUGGCGUUGGACGAGCCAUCGAACCGGAAAUGCUUCAGCAACAACAUGGCGGCUAGUUGGAAUCAGAUGUGACUUGUUCCUUUCUUUCGCAUACAACAACAAAGAAAAUGGAAUCAGAAAACUCAGGAUCACUUUCAAGCCAAGUGCAAGAGGAAAUAGAGAGUUUAAAGGAGUUGUACCUAACAACAUCUAAAGAGCUUGAGAACUGGCAGGACAGCGAAUUCCUUGUGUGCUGCUCAGAUGAGAAAUUUGAUGAGCUUAUCAAAUUUCUUACUCCCAAGGAUCUCCAAGGAGCUGUUCUGAUAUUUCAAAGACAAAUUGACAUUGAGAAGCAAAUAGUGAACUGCCUUGAGUCACUCAGUUGCACUGGGGCAGAUUCUGACGCAACUAAGAAACUGGUUGGACAUCAGGGAAGACUGGCUGUAUUGAGAAGCCGUGUCCUGCGUUGCUUGACCAAGCAACUCCAAGAUCAUGGCAACAAAGAAUGCGAGCUUCCACCCUGGAAAAGCCCAUCCUUCGUAACCAAGUCCCCAAGUUCUUCCACUGAUGAGGCCAUCAACAGCUGUAAUGACACUUCUGAGUAUGGAUCAAAGGACAGACAUGCCAAUAUUUCAUCUGUACAAGAAAAUCCAGGAAGCCAUACCAACACUGUACAAGGCGAAGUUACACCGGCACAAGAUGCUGCAGGUGGUUCAUCAGAGUCUGUGGAAGGUAAUAGGGACACUCAGAAGGGGAACAGCAAUGGAACAAUGAGUUCAACAAGCACACAAGCUUUUCCAGCCGCUUUGAAUGAGACACCACUCAGUGGAGCCGUGCAAACAUCUGAAAAUACAAGUAUUCACGACAAAGAGAUGACCAGUGAGGAAGGCGAUUCAACUAGUGUGGCCAACACUCAAGUGCCACCAGGGGACGGUCUUGAUCAAGAGCAGAAUGAUGAAGCUAAAGCCGUGUCAGAUGCAAACGAAUCAGCAGACGCUUCUUUGCUAAGCACCGGUCUUCAGUUUAACCCUUCUCUAGCCAAAGAAAUAACCUUAGAAUCGAGCACACCACCUCAAAGUGAAGAAAUAACAACAAAAUCGGACGAAAGAGCAGCUGCUAUCAAGGACACAGUGGACUUGAGGGAGAUGUCAGUCGUGUUGCAAAAGGCAGCAGCAGAGAACAGGAAGUCAUACCAGGAGUGGAAGCUGAAGCGACAACAGAGUGAGGAGAAGCCUGUUGACGGGAGCACAUCCCCACCCAUCAAGCCCCUCCCCUACAGAGGGGGCUCUUACAAGAAAGCCAUGGAAAAAGAAAUGAGAGGGCUAGGAUUGAAAGAGGAGGAUGCUACGAAAGUGGAGGUGGCCGAGGACCAGCCAGAUGCAGUAAUAAAAGAACGAGUAGACUUCCAAAGCUGGGACCCAACUCCAUUACUGAGGGACUUAUUUGGUCAAUUGAAGCGUGUUAAUGCUGCAGAGCCCGGCCAAUCUGGUCAGGAUAUGCCCAAUGUACGUAUGGCAGGCUACAUGGAUAAGUUACCAAGCAGCUACAAGCAAAAGAAGUCGUCUAUUUUCAAAAGCUGGAAGCGAAGACACUUCAAGGCCUUCGGGGGAAAACUUUACUAUUAUGAGGAUCACCGUUGUGCUGAACCACUUGGAAUCAUAGAGCUGAAGGACUGCUCAGUUCUGAUCAACGGCAAGAUGAUCGAGAUCAUCGAAAAGGAUGGCAGUGCUGUUCUCAAAGUUCGGUGUGCAUCGUCUACAGAAGCGGAAGAUUGGAAAGAGGCUAUAGCAGAAGAGUCUGCAAGCAACGCGGUGGACUCGCCGGGUAGCAGUCUUGCGGACUCUGUGAUCAUCAUAGACCUGGGCUCCAGUUCAGUCAAAGCAGGCUUUGCGCAAGAAGAAGCUUGGCCCCAGUCAAUUUUCCCUUGUGUCUGUGCGGUCCACAAGGAGGAUGACUCCAAUCGUAUGUACGGAUUCCAAGCCUUUGAGCCCCAGCGACGUAAGAACUCAAAACUAGUUUUUCCUCUCAGACGGACAUUCAAAAUUGAUAAGCUCAAGUUUUCUACAUCAGAUUUGAUAGGAAUCCUUGAGCACGCGUUCUUGUCCCUGAAGGUGGACCCCGUUAAACACAAGGUGAUCAUGACAAUACCACAAAACACUGGGUUACAGGAGAAGGAGGAGCUGGUUGAGAUACUGCUGGGAUAUUUCCGCGUACAAGCUGUUUACCUGCAGGAACAGUCGAUUCUAGCCAUGUACUCUUACAGUGCAGUCUCCGGUAUUGUUGUUGAUGUUGGAGAUCACAUUGAUGUGAUACCAGUGGUAGAAGGGUGUAUAAUCGAGUCUGGUGCCACGAGGUUGCCGUACGGCGGCCGACAGGUCACGGAUACCUUAGCUCGUCAUCUCACUGAGAAAGGGCACAGGUUCUUCUCUGAAGUAGAGACCUAUGUUGCAAGACUUAUCAAAGAGCAGGCUUGUUAUGUAUCAGAACAACGUGUCACAGAUGGUACUGAUGAAAUCCACUCAACAGACGUGAAUUUAGCCAAGUAUAAUCUUCCUGAUGGAACCAUAAAAGUUAGCCUUGACACUGCACGGUACCGUUGUACUGAAGGACUGUUUGAGCCUCGUCACUGGGGUAAAGACCAUCUAGGCAUUCAUGAAUUGGUCUAUAAAGCAAUCCAGGCAUGUGCAAUGGACAUUCGCAAGCAGAUGGGCAGAAGCAUCUACCUCAGUGGGGGAGGGUCCAUGAUUCCAGGUUUUGCUGAGCGCCUCCAGUUUGAAGUCAGCUCAAUGUUACCACAAUCUAGCCACGCCCAGGUUCACGCUGGUACCGAUCGCCACCAUGCUGCCUUCAUUGGAGCUUCAGUAGUUGCCAGACUCCCAAUCUUUGAUCAACUGUGCGUGUCCCAGGAGGAAUGGGAACAAGUGGGACCAGAUGCCCUUGAAAAAUGGCAGAAUUUGUAGAUAUGCAAGCAAUACUCUACACCCCAUUGACACAAAAAACAAAAAUUCAAAUAUUUUUAUCACAUAUAACCUGCACAGAGCCAUUUUUGUAAUCAAGUAAGAUUAUUCUUUGCAAAGCAGACAUAGUGUGUAAGCAAUAAAUGAAAAUAAUGCUAACAGAUGUAUUAAACCAGUGUUUUAUUUA